AUGAUUUUGCAGAAGAAAACUUCGUCGAUGAUCUGUUUCCUUCUGUUGUUUCUUCUUCCAAUCGUUUUUUCUGAGCCGGCUAGGAAUGGAAUAAGGGCAAGAGCUCCAACGGUGCAGCAGAUAAGAAGCAGACAUGGAACUAGAGAGGUGAUAGUGGACAAUGGGAUUAUCAGAGUCAGUUUCUCUAGUCCUCAAGGACUUAUAACUAGCAUCAAAUACAAAGGAAUCGAUAAUGUUCUUAAUCCACAUGUCCGAACUCGAGGGUACUGGGACAUAACAUGGCAAGGAGAAAACAUUCGGGGCUUGGAUGGAAUCGAAGGAACCAACUUUAGAAUUAUAACUCAAAACGAAGAACAAGUGGAGAUUUCAUUCUCAAGACCAUGGAAGGGUGGUUCUAAACAUAUUCCACUAAAUAUAGAUAAAAGGUAUAUUAUACGAACAAAUACGUCAGGAAUCUACGCAUACGGAGUCUUCGAGAGACUUUCCGGAUGGCCAGAAGUCGAGAUGGGUCAAGUUCGAAUAGUAUUCAAACUCAACACUGAUAGAUUCCGUUAUAUGGUGGUGGCAGAUGAUCGGCAAAGACAAAUGCCAACCGACAAUGACCGUGACACCCACCGUGGCCAUGCCAAGGCUCUUGCUUACAAAGAGGCUGUACAAUUGACUCAUCCUGGUGACCUAAGGUUCAAAAACCAGGUGGAUGAUAAAUACCAGUACUCAUGUGAGGUGAAGGACAACAAGGUGCAUGGUUGGAUCUCGACCAAGUCCCAUGUCGGUUUCUGGCUCAUCUCCCCGAGCGGCGAAUACCGCUCCGGUGGACCUAGCAAGCAGGAGCUCACGUCUCACGUUGGUCCCACGGCCAUCACUAGCUUUACAAGCGGGCAUUAUGUUGGUCGGGACAUGGAGACCAUAUACAAAACUGGUGAAUCGUGGAAAAAGGUCUUCGGACCUGUUUUCAUUUACUUAAACUCUGAUACUACCGGCAAUAAUCCUCGUCAUUCAUUAUGGGAAGAUGCUAAAAGACAGACCGAAGAAGAGGUUAAAGCCUGGCCGUAUGAUUUUGUAGCAUCCUCUGACUUUCCUUCUCGUCAAGAAAGAGGAACUGUUACCGGUCGCCUCUUAGUCAACGACAGAUUCUUGACUUCGGCUCAAUCUGCAUACGUCGGUUUAGCACCGCCUGGAGAAGCUGGUUCAUGGCAGACAAACACUAAGGGAUAUCAAUUUUGGACACAGACGAACGAGACCGGCUAUUUCACGAUUGAUAACGUUAGACCGGGAACUUACAAUCUGUACGGAUGGGUUCCCGGUUUUAUAGGAGACUUUCAAUACCAAAACCGUGUUAACGUAGCUGCGGGUUCAGAAAUUAGUCUCGAUAGAGUCGUGUUCCAGCCUCCUAGGAACGGUCCAACGUUAUGGGAGAUUGGUGUACCGGAUCGAACCGCCAGAGAAUACUUUGUACCGGAACCAUACAAGAAUACAAUGAAUCCCUUAUACCUAAACCACACUGACAAGUUUAGGCAGUACGGGUUAUGGCAACGAUACACGGAGUUAUAUCCAAAUCAUGAUCUUGUCUACACAGUUGGAGUUGGUAACUAUAGUCAAGACUGGUUCUACGCUCAUGUCACAAGGAACACCCAUGCUUCAACCUAUGUACCAACGACAUGGCAGAUCGUGUUUCAACUUCCAUCUGUGAACUGGCGAGGUAGCUACACACUGCAACUAGCUUUAGCCUCAGCUUCACGAGCUAACUUACAAGUCCGGUUCAACAACGAAAACUCGAGGCCAUUAUUCUCAACGGGUACUAUCGGAAGAGAUAAUGCUAUAGCAAGACAUGGAAUCCACGGAAUCUAUAGGCUUUACACCAUCAGCGUUCCUGGAAGGUUACUAAGAACCGGGACCAACACGAUUUAUCUACGUCAAGCUAAAGCGACGGGUCCCUUUGAAGGUCUUAUGUAUGACUACAUUCGUCUUGAAGCGCCUUCUAGAGCUUAG